UUCAGCCUCCAUCAUGUGGAACACCUCUGAUGCCAACUUCUCCUGCUACCAUGAGUCUGUGCUGGGCUAUCGUUACGUGGCAGUUAGCUGGGGCGUGGUGGUGGCCGUGACGGGCACCGUGGGCAACGUGCUCACCCUGCUGGCCUUGGCCAUCCAGCCCAAGCUCCGUACCCGCUUCAACCUGCUCAUCGCCAACCUCACAGUGGCCGAUCUGCUCUAUUGCACCCUUCUCCAGCCCUUCUCUGUGGACACCUACCUCCACCUGCACUGGCGCACUGGUGCCACCUUCUGCAGGGUCUUUGGGCUCCUCCUUUUUGCGUCCAACUCUGUCUCCAUCCUCACCCUCUGCCUCAUCGCCCUGGGACGCUACCUCCUCAUUGCCCACCCGAAGCUCUUUCCCCAUAUUUUCAGUGCCAAGGGCAUCGUGCUAGCACUGGUGAGCACCUGGGUGGUGGGUGUGGCCAGCUUUGCUCCCCUCUGGCCAAUCUAUGUCUUGGUGCCCGUAGUCUGCACCUGCAGCUUUGAUCGCAUUCGAGGCCGGCCCUAUACCACCAUCCUCAUGGGCAUCUACUUUGUGGUUGGGCUCAGCAGUGUCGGCGUCUUCUAUUGCCUCAUCCACCGCCAGGUGAAGCGAGCAGCACGGGCGCUGGAUCAGUACAAGCUGCGCCAGGCGAGCAUCCACUCCAAUCACGUGGCUGGGACAGAUGAGGCCAUGCCUGGUCGUUUCCAGGAGCUGGACGGUAGGCUGGCAUCAGGAGGGCACAGCGAGGGGAUUUCAUCUGAGCCAGUCAGUGCUGCCACCACCCAGACCCUGGAAGGGGACUCAUCAUCAGUGGGCGACCAGAGCAACAGCAAGGCAGCUAAGCAAAUGGCAGAGAAAAACCCUCCCGGAGAGCCUGCCAAAGCCAGGACAACUAAAAGAGACCAGAGAGCUCAGGACUCUCCGUCAGAGUUUGGGAAGGUGACUCGGAUGUGUUUUGCUGUGUUCCUCUGCUUCUCCCUGAGCUACAUCCCUUUCCUGCUGCUCAACAUCCUGGAUGCCAAGGUCCGGGCUCCCCGGGUUGUCCACAUGCUUGCUGCCAACCUCACCUGGCUCAAUGGUUGUAUCAACCCUGUGCUCUAUGCAGCCAUGAACCGCCAAUUCCGCCAAGCCUAUGGCUCCCUCCUAAAACGAAGGCCCCAGAGUUUUCAUAGGUUCCAUUAGAACUAUGUCCCCAGUCACCAGAAUCUGGAAGUGUCUCCUCCAGAACUAAGGUGGCCAGUUGGUAUGAGAGUAGAUGAAAGACCUUUGAGAAUUUCCACAGACAACCUCUCCCCAAGCCCCAAACCAGGCCUCUCCAUCCCUCGCUCAACAUUUCAGCCCUAGGCUGC